AUGCGGCUCGUGGGCCGCUUCAGAAGGAGGGAAGAGAAGAACGGUGAAGGGAAGACGAGCGCGUUAAAGCGAAGAUCCGAUCUCCUCCUCCGUCUGACAGCGAGGACGCGGAGCCCUCAACUUUCCUCCUCCUCCUCUAUCAUCAUCAUCAGCAUGACAAAGCUCCGGGGGGGAGCGGAGUGGCGCGGCGCGCUCAGCCCGCACAGGGAGUCCGGAGUCCGGCUACAGAUCUCAACUCUGCCGCGGUGCACCGGGACCUCCGAGGAAACUUUGCGCCCAAACUCCGGGGUCAUGGACGGCGUUUUUGCGCAACCCAGCAGGGCUAUGGGGAGUGUGUUACCACAGCUAACCGGCCCUGAAGAGAAACCUGUACCCGGAUUGAUGGACGCGCCUCGGGCUGGGACUCACGGUGCCUCCCGACUCCCCGCGGAUCAGCACGCCGGAGAGUAUGCGCCGAACGCCUGCAAGAAGAAGAACUACCAGCGCUACCCGAAACCGCCAUACUCUUACCUGGCAAUGAUCGCCAUGGUGAUCCAGAACUCACCGCAGAAGAAGCUCACUCUCUCCCAGAUCCUGAAAGAGAUCAGCACACUCUUCCCCUUCUUCAAAGGGAACUACAAAGGAUGGAGAGAUUCGGUGCGUCACAACCUGUCCUCCUACGACUGCUUCAUCAAGGUGCUGAAGGACCCGGGGAAGCCUCAGGGAAAGGGGAAUUUCUGGGCCGUGGAGGUGAGCAGGGUUCCUCUGGAGCUGCUGAAGAGGCAGAACACGGCUGUGUCCAGACAAGACGAAACCAUCUUCGCACAGGACCUGGCGCCUUACAUCCUGCAAGGGCACACUCCCGCUCCGCAAAACGAGACGCAGCCGGCCGCGCCCAGCCGUCGCCCGUCCCCCACUCCAGAAGACCUUUAUCGUCCCAAACUCGACUCGUCCUUUGCUAUCGAUUCGCUCUUGCACAGCUUUAGAUCGGCGGACGUGCUUAGGGGCAGAAGUGAUGGGUGGGGGGUGGAGCCUAAUCAUUGCUCGCCACGGCCUCGAUAUAUGUCGGCCAAUCGGAGCGCGUCGGCAAGUUCCGCCAGUCCCGCAUCAUCCUCGUCGUCGGAUGAAGACUGGAGAGGGCUGACACGAUUCGAGGCGAGGAAACGAGGGACCGAUGGAGGACCCAACGAUUAUUUCCCGCCGAGCAAAAUGGUGAAGCGCGGUGCUUCAGCACCUCCUCCUCCUCCUCCUCCUUGGGAGCUGCCAACUUCCUACGCCAAAUACACCCCUCCGAACGCUGUAGCCCCGCCCAGCAUGCGUUUCAGCACAAACCCGUUCGUCCCUCUCGGCUCCGUUCCGUUCUACAGCCAUCACAUCACGCCCAAUCACUUUGGCGCCCGUUCGUACUGGCCUCUGUUGUCCGGGGGGCGUGUUUCGCUACAAGCUCCGCCCCUUCUGAUGGACUUGGACAGUAUGUUGCAGUCGGUUCCGCCCAACAAGAGCGUGUUCGACGUGCAUACGCCACCAAACCAAUACGGACCUCCGUUUAGCAAGUAUUCCUAACGCUGCUGCUACCGAGAGAAUAUUUUUACACGGGGAAAAUGAUAACGUUUCGCUCUCCGUCCGAAGGCGGAAAUGUCCACGGUUUACUUUCACCGCGUCCGCUUGGGAUUGCUUCAGGGAAAUCUGCUGAUGAAUGUAGCGCAACAAUGUCCAAAUCCUUUGCACUGACAGUUUGCACUCAUUUUAUCUUUUUUACAUUUUUUUUUUUUUUUUUUAAAUGUUCACCUCGACGUUUGAAUGUUGUGUUUUGAAAAGCGACGUGUUGCCAAAACAGCGUAUUUAUCUGAUGUUUACACGCUUUUCGUGUCACUUCUACCUCAAUUUUAUCCUGAAACAUUUUUAAAAGGAAAUCCUACUACCUACUACUUUUCUCCUUUUGUGAAUGCUAAAAUGCUACACGGCUAACCUGCGUGCUAAAUUCCACACGUGGCUGUAAUGCUACUGUGAACGGUCAUGCUAACUGAUGGUCUGAUUAGUGUUCGUCGCAUUGAUCUGAUGGAUGGUGUUGAUCACAUGGGUUACAGAUGAGAGUGUGUGUGUGUGUGUGUGUGUGUGUGUGUGUGUGUGUGUGUGUGUGUGUGUGUGUGAGAGAGACAGAGAGAGAGUCCCAACCCCCUGGUUUGAGAGAAUCUCGGUGCCGCUACAUCUGCAUGUUGAUGGCUCGUCGUUAGUCUGCAAUCUCCUGAGCUAUUCAGGGGAAACUUAUCAAAUGCAGAUAGGUGUGUGUGUGUGUGUGUGUGUGUGUGUGUGUGUGUGAGAGACAUUGUUCUUUAUUGUUAAAGGCUAUUUUAUACCAAAAAAACCCAUUCAUCCCAAUGGUUCUGUCCAUUUCUUUCCUAAUCCUCGUCCUAAUUUUUUUUUGUUGUUGUUGUUCUUGAGAUUUUAAAGGGACCCGAACCAUUUGUGCGCACAUCCUGUAUAUGGUUUAUUUUAUUCUUGUGUUAUUUUAAAUUUGGAAGUGUGUCGCAUGUUCCCCACGUUGUCCUCUUGUUUACUCCAAGUGGAACGGACUUCAGGUAGUUUUAUUUUUAAAAAUUUUAUAUAAGUUGCCGUCGUGUGGUGAAUUAAAAGUGAUGUGAGAGGAAUAAAACGCUCAGGGUGGUGCUGUUAUAGGAAAAUAAUCAUUCAUGUUUGAUCCGUUUUCCUAGAACAGCACGGCUCUGAGUAUUUAUUUCUCUAAGAGCACAGGAACUUGUCAAUGAUUUAUAAAAAAAAAUAAUUAAAAAAAAGUUUUGUUUUUUUUUAAAUGAUGACACGGUGUACUUUUUUUUUUCUUCAUUUAUGGUUACAUUGUGAAACGUGCCCAAAACAAGUUUCUGGAACCCUAUAAACCUAUAAUUUCCCCACCAGCCUCCCUUUUUUCUUCUCCGUUGUGAAAUUAAUACGACGGUGGAAUAGAAAACUAAGCGACACCUUCUGACCAAUGAGAAUCCAGAAUUCAGCAGCGCCGGGGUGAGGAAAUCAGACGUGGUCCGCUGGGGGAACUUUGUGUAGUCGAGACGGUCACGUUACAGUUUGGGAGGUGUGAGGCUCGUUGUUUAUACAGCAUGAGAUGAUGUCAGUUCAUCACUCUGAAUAGUGUAGCGUUAGCAUCUCUGUAACUCUAGAACACGAUCAAUAAUGAUUUAUCACGGAGACGUGUAGUGUCGCUAAUAACCCCCGCUGUAGUGUAGUAAAGCUGUUGUGGUGUAUGUUUAUAAUUCUACACCCUGUCCAAGGAACCCCAAAAGGCCACCAAUAAUGGCCUCUAGUCCCUAUCUAGUACACUAUUUAUUUAAUAGGCCAUCAGUGAUGGCUUCUACACCCUAACUGGUGCACUAUAUGUCCUAUAGGCCGCUAGUAAUGGCCUCUGCAUACUAUCUAGUGCACUGUGUGUCUAAUCGGCCACCAUUACUGGCUUCUACACAGUGCCUAGUCCACUAUUUAUCAAAUAACGUGCCAACAAUGGCUUCUAGUCCCUAUCUAGUGCAGUAUUUGUCCAAUAGGCCGUGAAUAAUGGCCUCUAGUCCCUAGCUAGUGCACUAUUUAUACAAUAGGCUGCCCAUAAUGGCCUCUAGUCCCUAGCUAGUGCACUAUUUAUCCAAUAUGACACCAU